UCGGUCAACAAAACGACUUGGUCAGUCUAACAAACUAUUCAAAAUAACGACUUGGUCAGCAAUUUCUCAACAAAGGAUGCAACAUUCGUUGACUUGAGCUUUCUCUUUUCCUCGACCCUUCUCUCUCAAAGCCGUUCUGUGCAUUUUCUGCUAAACCUGCGCACACCCAAUUGGGAUUUUAGCUCCAGAUUCCAAGGCAAGAGUAGAAAGUGGAGAAAGAAGAGGACUUGAAGCUGCCCACAGUACGAUUUUGGGUUGGCCAACAAGGUUAAGAUGUUUCUGAGCUUGAUGGGUGUCAUGUAGAUCAAGAGGGGCGUGCGGUUUAGGGAAGCAAUUGUUUAUGAAGGCUUGGUUAUUAUCACAAAGGUCAAUUGUUUAUGAAGUUGAAGAGGCAUGGAGAGAGUAAAUUCAUCUUUUAUGACUUCCUUUUUUGUUUGGGCAAUUUUGGUGCUUGAUUUGGUACUUAAGGCUUCUGGCAAUCAGGAAGGCGAUGCCCUGAAUGCAUUGAAGAGCAGCUUGCUUGAUCCUAACAAUGUUCUUCAAAGCUGGGAUGCUACUCUUGUCAAUCCCUGCACUUGGUCUCAUGUUACGUGCAAUAGUUAUAACAGUGUGAUCCGUGUUGAUCUUGGAAAUGCAGAGCUUUCUGGUCAACUGGUUUCACAACUUGGUCAGCUCACUGAUUUACAGUACUUGGAACUUUAUAGUAAUAAUAUAUCUGGAAAAAUUCCAGAGGAGCUUGGGAACUUGACAAACUUGGUGAGCUUGGAUCUGUACUUGAACAAUUUAACUGGUUCUAUACCAACUACGCUGGGCAACCUUGCAAAACUACGUUUCCUGCGUCUCAACAAUAAUACCUUGACGGGAAGCAUACCCAUGUCUUUGACAAAAGUUUAUUCUCUGCAAGUUCUUGAUCUCUCGAACAACCAUCUAACAGGGAAUAUCCCAGUGAAUGGUUCAUUUUCAUUCUUUACCCCCAUCAGUUAUAAAAAUAAUCCUGGCUUGAUACAGCCAAAAAACGCUCCAUCUCCAGUUUCUCCAACUCCACCACCAGCUUCUUCAGAAGCCUUUUUGUGUAACAGAACAGAGGCCUCUCUCUCAUGAUUCGAGGCCCAUGGACAUGUUUGGGACACGUUGAAACAGACAUACGGGAAUGCAGGAAAGACAAAAAAGGUGACUACAAUCUCUGCAGAGACAAUUUAAGCUUCUGUUAAUGACAGACCAGGAAACAAUUGCAGAAUAUUUUAACAAGAUUCAAUAUCUUGUUAAUUCUAUGAUUGUGUGUGAUGAAGACAUUAUAUACAUUUUGCAAAGUUUAUUCUAGAAAUCUUAUUCUAGAAAGCGUAUUCCAAAA